CAGCUUUAUAAAUACAGCGCCAUGAGAAAUCAGAAUUGUGGUGUGCAAAAACCUUCGUAUUUUAACGUCUCCGUCAGACCAGCAGUAAUAUCUACGCACAUUUGAGAACCCAAGGCGAGGACAAAAUUCUCUCUCUCGCGGAAUAAAAUGACUAUGUCCGUCCCGGAAAAAAAUUCGGGCUCGGAGGAAAAAGAGGAAGAGAGCGAAGAUGAGAGUGAAAUCCUAGAGGAGAGCCCAUGCGGUCGGUGGCAGAAGCGAAAAGAGCAGGUGAGUCAGGGAAAUGUCCCUGGCAUUGAGAGUGCGUCUCUAGCCAUGGACACCGAAGAGGGUGUGGAGGUGGUGUGGAAUGAGGUGCUUUUCACUGAUAAGAAGGUCUUCAAGUCAUUGGAGGACAAGAUAAAGGAGAUGUUUGAAAAUUUGAUGCAAGUUGACCAUCCCAAUAUCGUCAAGUUUCACAAAUACUGGGUAGACAUGAAAGAGAACCGGGCCCGGGUCGUUUUCAUCACUGAGUACAUGUCCUCAGGCAGUCUUAAACAGUUCCUUAAGAAGACCAAGAAAAACCACAAAACCAUGAACGUCAAGGCCUGGAAACGAUGGUGCACACAAAUUCUUUCUGCACUAAACUAUCUGCACUCAUGUGACCCUCCGAUCAUCCAUGGAAACCUGACCUGUGAGACCAUCUUCAUUCAGCACAACGGACUGAUCAAGAUCGGAUCAGUGUGGCACCGAUUGUUUGCGAAUGUCUUCCCUGAGGCUGGGGUACAUGGGAAAGCUCGCCACCAGCGAACAGAAAAGAGGAACUUGCAUUACCUCUCUCCAGAAUAUGGCUCCUGCCAAGAUGACUAUGCUAUAGAUAUCUUCUCCUUUGGAAUAUGCGCCCUGGAGAUGGCCGUAUUGGAGAUCCAGGCCAAUGGUGAUGCUAUUGUGUCUAAGGAGGCCAUAACCAGUGCAGGGCAGUCACUGGAGGAUCCCCUCAUGAGAGAGUUCACUCAGUCGUGUGUGCGUCACGACGCCAGGCUGCGGCCCACAGCUCAUGACCUGCUGUUCCACCGUGUCCUGUUUGAGGUUCACUCUCUAAAGCUGCUGGCCGCCCACUGCCUCAUCAACAACCAGUACCUGCUCCCAGAGAACUGUGUGGAGGAGAAGACAAAAUCCUUUGACCCCAAUGCCAUCAUGGCUGAGAUUUCUCAUGGAGAUCGGCCUGGAGUACAGAUUAAGUACUCUAAUGUGUCCCCUCUGGAGCUUGACAAGUUUCUGGAAGAUGUCAAAAAUGGAAUCUAUCCCCUGAUGAAUUUUGCCUCAGCCCGACCCCACCCUGUAGCCCGAGCCCUGUCUGUGACCCAGGAACAAGUAGAGACUGUGAAGACCCCCACACCUGAACCCCAGGAGACAGAAACCAGGAAGGUGAUACAGAUGCAUUGUAACCUGGAGUCUAAUGAGGAGGGAACCAAAACCCAUCUCUCCCUGCUUCUCAAGAUGGACGACAAGCUCCACCGGCAGCUCAGCUGUGACAUCCUGCCAACUGACAGUUCCAAAGACCUGGUCAGUGAAUUGGUUCACUACGCCUUCAUCAGUGAGGAGGAUAGUGAGAAGAUGGUGGUGUUCCUGGAGGAGGCUUUGAGUAGGCACCGCAGGGAGCUCUCCGCGGCCACACAGUGAGAAGGCAUCUCAGUGGUCAGCACAGCAGAUGCUUCUACACAGACGGAAGCUGAAACGUCCAGAACACAGAUCUAGAAGGAUAAAAGAUUGGGAUUGGACAGCCAGGAUGAGCGAUCAGGGGUGAAAGGUGUGAUCUGAAGGGGGUGAAAGGUGUGAUCUGAAGGGGGCGAAAGGUGUGAUGGGGGUGGAGAUCUGUAUGUGGACUGGCAUGGGAUUUGGAAGCCUAUGAGACCAUGGAACAAUCAAAGUUAUUGAGUACCAGAGGAACCUUCCUUAGACGGCUGUGUUCCAGCUUCUCGUCAGGAAGAAGGACGUUACCCGUAUCUCCGUCCUUUGGGUGGAGGUAUGACUGGCCAGGGGUCAUAAAGCAAGGAGAAAUCUCAAAAUUGUGACACAUUGAACAGGUUUAAAACUGAAGGAGCUGUCUCUAACCCUGACAGCAAUGUGAAAAUAUUUUGACUCUCACAGAUUUUCAGU